UGCACAGAGGCAGCGGGAUGUAAAAUUAAAAAAUAAUCUCGAAAUGAAGUUGCAACCGGUGGCAAUUGGAGGCGUUAGUUGCGUGGCAACCUCCCCCCUCUUUCUUCUUUCCUUACCAACGAAGAAAUAAAUGUCUUGCAAAAAUAUUCACCCGGAGCUAGUGCAUCUGUUGAUAAAUAGACCUGAGUGAUAAAAAAUUAAUUCUCCCGGUUGUUGAGGAUUUAUCAAAAAUUCAUAGGGGAAGAAUCCAAAAAUUGUGACGUCAUAACGCUGUGUAUCCGCGAUGCACACUGGGAAAUGGUGUCUGCCAUCUUGAAUGGCAUGGUCCUUUUUGGCUGCGGUAGUUGCGUUAACGAUAAGAAAUGGCGAUUAUUCGUGAAAAUAAUAGUGUAAUAGUCUAGACAGCGUCGUAAAAAUUUAAUUGAGUUACUGUGCACUUCACUCGGCAAUAAUACAAUCAACAAUGGACGCUGUUAAGGCAUUUAAUGCAGAGCUCUCGGCUCUGUACGAAGUCAAGCCACCGAUAUCGAAAGCUAAAAUGAAUUCUCUCACCAGAGGUGCUAUAAAGGCCAUCAAAUUCUACAAGCAUGUCGUUCAGAGUGUCGAGAAGUUCAUUCAAAAGUGCAAACCGGAGUACAAAGUUCCUGGCCUCUACGUAAUAGACUCCAUUGUGCGGCAAUCGAGACAUCAGUUUGGGGUUGAGAAAGAUGUGUUUGCCCCUCGCUUCGCCAAGAACAUGCAGACAACUUUUCUGAACCUUCUCAAGUGUCCUCCAGAGGACAAGAGCAAGGUGAUCAGAGUACUCAAUCUUUGGCAGAAGAACGCAGUGUUUCCCCCGGAGGUUAUUCAACCUCUCUUCGACCUCGCAGACCCUAAUCAUCCAAUCCACAAGGAGCAGUCAAUCAAUUCAAAUGGAGCACUGAACACGUCAGGGAAUAAUCUCACUGGGUUGAGCUCGAUCUCCAAGAGUUCUCCAGGAGUGAAGGGCACCCCGAAGGAUCAGAAGAUGUUCUCGGGGAAGACGAUAGAUCCUGCUUGGCUAGCACAGACCAAACUAGAGGCCGCCAACAUGGUAAACGCCAAUAAAAUGCUCGGCCAGGCUGGUGGCAACCAGGUCGAUGCAUCAUUUCUGGAUCAGCUCCAGCACCUUCAGCAGCUACUCCUCAAGAAACAGGAGGCCACCAGUGAGGCUCAGAGUUCAGUCAAAUUCGAUAAAAAACUUCUGGACUUCGACUACGGGGAGGAAGAGGAUGAUGACGUCAUAAUGGCGAAUUCCCCAGCGGCUGCAGCGACAGCAGGACAGCAUGGAGCUAGUGCCACUGGGAGUUUGGAGAGUCUGGGGUUAUUGUUAACGAAUCCGGAGGUCCUCAGACAGUUGCAGACACUUCAGCAGACGAUGCAGGGAGGGACGUCCUCCACUCAGCAUGAAAUGGAGGAGAAAAUGAGAAAGCUGCAGCAGAUGAAGCAGCAGGAGGACGAGUUCGAUAAACAUUUGGCUCAAACUGUUCCAAAUUUGCCAUUCGCUUCUGAGUGCGAGCUCAAGCCUUCCGAUGUCCUCAAGCCUAGUAGUCACGUUUACAACAAUCCUGGAGUUAUGCAACAGGAUAUGAGUCAACCUCCGCCGGGCUAUCCCCCAGCUUUUAUGCCCCAACCAGCGGGGGGUAUGAGACAGUCGAUCCAUCAAAAGAGUCCUCUUCCCGAUGAACAUGCUGACUCGCAGGAUUAUCAGGGCUCUGCCACCAGGCGUGACUCUAGCAGUGUUGAAAUCGUUAAUUUGGAUUCUGUGAGAUCUCAGAGCAGAUCACCCGACAGGUUUCGCAGGCACAGUAGGUCCAGGUCUCCCAGGCAUCGCAAUGAUCGAGGGAGAGAUAGGGACCGAGACAGGGACAGAAAGUCCAGAUCCAGGAGCAGAUCUAGACGCAGGAGGUCUAGGUCGAGAGAUCGGAAGAGGGAUGACAGCAGGGAAAAGGUCAGCGAAGAGGAGAGGGAGAAGCAGAGAGAACGCAGGAAGAGGGGACUACCUCCUAUUGUCAGGGAGAAGAUGAGUGUAUGCAGCACUACGUUGUGGGUUGGGCAUUUGUCGAAACUCGUCCAUCAGGAGGAGCUUUCUGAUACUUUUGGCGAGCUGGGCGAUAUCGUUAGUAUUGACCUCAUUUCACCUCGAGGCUGUGCUUUCAUUUGCAUGAAUCGUAGACAAGAUGCUUAUCGAGCACUGACUAAAUUGAAGAAUCAUAAGAUGCAGGGGAAAGCAAUCACUUUGGCUUGGGCACCUGGAAAGGGAGUCAAGGGAAAGGAGUGGAAAGACUACUGGGAGGUGGAGCUCGGGGUCAGUUACAUACCUUGGAAUAAACUCAAUAACGUCACUGAACACGAUCUGGAGCUGCUGGAGGAGGGAGGAAUGAUUGAUGAAGAUACGUUGCCAUCGAGAUUAAUUGGAAAAUUGAAGCAUUCAGGAUCGAAUGAAGGACAGAGUAUCCCAAUGCCUUUGAGUGGUGCACCAAUUCCCACAUUAACCGAUGGAAUGGUGAACGUUAUGCCUGCCACUUCAAGUUCCCAACAAACCAUCGUGGACACCAGUCAGCCUCCACCAAUUAGAGCGACAGCUUCCACUGGACUUUUACCUCCUACAAGUACCCAGCUAUCGAUGAUGCCUCCUGGUUUCCCUAUACCAGGUGUACCUCGUAUGCUGGGCGCCAUGGGACUGUCGAUGGCCCAUGGAUUGAUGCCGAAUGUUCCAAUUGGUGUGCCACCACCCAAUAUGCAGAGUCUUCUGGGACCUCCUGGAAUCAUGCAAUCAAUGUUGACACCACCAGUUAAUUCACCAUUUGGCACUGGUGUAGGUGUUGGUCUGCUCACUCAAAUUCCACUGCCAGGACCAGCAGCACCAGCUGCACCAUCCGACAAGUCAAAUUCAACGGGUGACAACAAUCUCCCAAAUCUUCCAAUGCUUCGGCAGCCAUUCAAUGUUGGCCCACCACCACCUCCUAUGCAAAUGCAGUUACCACCCCAGCAUUCAGACGAUAUGGACGUUGAAAUGGAAGAUGUAAUGCCCCAAAGUGCUAAUCCACCUAAGGACAAGCCCAAUUUGAGUGAUCAGUUAUUAGCAGUGAUGGGAAAGGGUCCUCUUGGUGAUAGAAACGAGAAUAGUGACAGGGACUUCAGGGAUCGUGAUCGAGAGAGAGACAGGGAAAGACGAGAAAGGAGUGAUCGCGACAGAGAUAGAGAUGGUGGGAGAGACAGGGGUAGAGGAAGGGAUCGAGGGAGGGAUCGUCGAAGGGAGAGAGACAGAGACGAAAGGAGAGAUGACAGAAGAGAUCGUGACACGAGGCCUCACGAUGGGCCAAUGCCAGGUCUUUUGCAGGAGCCAGAUAUGGGCGUGAAGAAGGACAAACUUAGUCUUGCUGAUAGACUCAGACAAUUGGCUGAUGGCACUCUUCCCAUGGACGACAGGAUGGAUCGAGUUAGAGAAACAAAUGACAGGAGUAUGGAGAGAAAUGAUAGAAGCAUGGAGCGUCCACCACCUUUUGAAGAUCCUAUGAAUGUUCGUAGACCUACUGAUGGGCCUCCCUCACUUCUGGAUCUCCCUAAAUUCCCACCUACACCUGGGGAUCGGGAGUUCGGGGGCAGAGCUGAGUUCAGGGGCCCACCGGAAAUCAGAGAAUUCCCAAGAAACGAUCGCGAUCGUGUAUUUCCUCCUCGGGGUGGCAGAGGGCCAUUGGAUGAUUUUCCAGACCCCAGGAUGAUGCCUGGGAGGUUUCCCGAGGAGUUUGAUCGUCUGGGGCACAAUGGACCUCCUCGACCUGAAGAUUUUGAUCAUCGUUUGCAUCCGAGGGAAGAGUUUGACAGGCCUGAAAUGCGACCGGAAAUGCGGCCAGAAAUGCGACCUGAAAUGCGACGCAUGCCUGUGGAUGAGUACGAAGCCGAGAGAUUUGAAUUUGAGAGACGCCAGAGGGAGGGAUUCGAUCCAAGAAUGGCUGAUGGCUUCGAUCCUCGAUUACAUCCUGAUCAUCCAGACUUUGAUAUGAGGAGGAGAGAGUUCUUUGGGCAUAUUGAUCCAGGAUUUGGUCCUAUGAUGAAUUCCAGGGGACCCAGGGGACCGAUGGUUGCUGAGCCCUUCGGACCGAGACCAGGCAUGGGAAAUAGAGGGGGUCCACAUGGUCCUCCGAUGUUCCAUCCACGUGGCAUGGGCCCCCGAGGAAUACGACCCGGAAUGCGUCAAUUUGGCCCCCGAGGACCUCCAUUCGAUCCAAGGGAAGGGGAGGCGUUCUUCAGACCAUUCGACGAGGGUCGUGGUCCCUCAGGCCCCUUCAGAGGCCCCCACAUACCAGAGGGAGGCCCAUGGAGAGGGGAGAAUGGCCCUUGGAUGGAGGGAAAUAAUGGAAUUGAGGGGGAGGAACCUCCACGUGAGAAUCACCCCAACAGGGAUACUCCAAAAGGUCACAAACAUCAGGACAGAGACAGCAGGGACAGAGAGAGAAACUCUAGAAAUAGAAAGUCCAGGUGGGGCAAUGCGAGUCCUUCUCAGGAACAGCCUGAUGGACCACCUGGUGAGGUUGAGCCUGGGGACACCAACGAGCAUGAGCCUUUGGAGAGCUGGGAUGAGCCAGCUCCUCCAUUGGCUGCUGAUGAAACGACACAAGUGGCAGAAAUAACCAACGAAGAAUCAAACAAUCCUGAGCAUGAAGCUGUCGACACUGAGGACACCAUCAGGCCGAGUGAGGAACCUCAGGAAGUGAAUUAUGAGGACAAUCAUGUGCCAGCAACGAACGAUAAUGCCCCUGAACAAUAUGAUGAGAGUCGUAGUGAGGAGGUGAGGGAGGUCUCGGAAUUUUGUGAAAAUAAGUUAAGUGAAGAACCAGCAAUCAGUACAGACUCUGUCCAGGCUCCUGGACCAUCUGAAAACACAGAUAAUUGUGAAGAGAAUAAUGUCAUUGAGGAGCCAAACGCAGAAGCGUUGUAACGGCUCUGAGGGACUUUUUUAUUCCCCGAUUGAUGAGAUUCAAGGAUAUGAGAGUGACCAAAGUAUUGAGACUUUAUCGGGGAUCUCUCAGCCCCUGAAAAUGUAAAUUCAAUAUCCGGAGGCAUUAAUUGAGGUGUACAUACAGGACAGGAUAGGUAAAAAAGCUAAGGAACAAAGGGAAAAAAAAAGAUGAUUCUUUUUUCGCUCUUGAAGACGUUUGGACUGACUUUUUUCGGAGUGGUGGGGAAACUGUGAGUCCAGUGAGUCUCAAUCAGAAUAUUCUUCUUCUAUCUGUCUCUUAGAUUUUUGUUUGCUCUCCCUUGGAUAGUCCUUGAUUGUCGAGUCAAAAUUGAUUUUGUAAAUUGGUAAAGAAUCUAUUGCUGCUUAACGAAACAUUGCUGUGAUAGUGAACACAGGACCUAAUUUCGAUUUAAUGUAUAUAGGGUAUUUAUACGACAGUAGAGUGGCUCUUUAUUGUAGAUUCAACUGAGAGAAAUGCCAUAGUUUUGAGAUAGUUGGUGAGUAAAUACCGUGAAAGAGCAACCGUAAUUUUUGGCUUCGAGAUAAUCGAUCGGAAUUAUUGUUUCCACUGGUGAAACAUUUCAUGUAAAUAUAUACAGAUAUAUAUUUUUUAAAUUGAGUCAAUUUA